GAGCGCAACAUCUGAGAGCAUCUUGAACUGCAGCGUCUGUAACAAAGGAUACUGCGCUUACGGAGAUUGCGUAGUGACACACAAGACCGGGGCCCCCAGCGCGGUCUGCGUCUGCAAUUUGGGUUACUCGGGCCGGCAAUGUGAUCAACCCACUUACAUCCUCAUCAGUGUAUUCGUCUUGGUAUUGGUUGCCGCUUUGAGCAUUGCUGUCUUCAAGGGCACGUCGAUAUGGCGCUAUAAAGGACAAACAGAGCUCGCUCUCCGACGAGAUCUCAGCCUCAUGGCCGCCGCCUGGCAGAUCCACCGAGACGAGGUGGCCAUCGGACGACGCCUCGGCGGCGGUGGAUUCGGCGACGUGUACGAGGCCAAGUAUCGCGGAAUGACGGUCGCAGUCAAGCUACUGAGAGAAUGGCAAGACGCAAAGAGUAGCUACGAAUUUCAGCGUGAAAUACUAUUCAUGCAGACCGUGAGGCAUCCGAACAUUGUGCUGUUUAUCGGAUGUGGAUCGACCGAGGCGACGAGAGAACCGUUUCUCGUCCUCGAAUAUAUGUCGAAAGGUACGCUUUGCGACAUUCUGUACGGUGAUAACCCCCUCGACUUCUCUCACAAUCAAAAGAUCGGUUUUGCUCUCGACAUUGCACGAGGAAUGCGGUUUCUCCACGGUCUCAAUCCUCCCCGGAUUCAUCGAGACUUGAAGAGCGCCAAUCUGCUCGUCAGCGACAACUGGGUCGUCAAAGUGUCGGACUUCGGAUUGGGCAGGGCGGUAACGUCCGGACAGCAAAGGAAGACGACGACGUUGCUGGAAACGAGGUGGUCGAAACUCCGCUGGAGCAGAACGCCGUCUACCGUCACCGUCUCGUUGCUAAACCCCGAAUCCGAGCUGUCACACCGUCAUGUAGGAACGGCCAGAUGGUGCGCACCCGAGUUGAGAGCCGGUGGAGAGUAUCACGUUAGCGUCGAUGUCUUCAGCUUUGGCAUCCUGCUAUGGGAAAUCUGGUGCCACAGACUUCCGUUUGAUAACUACCCAUUCAGCAGUGCAGCAGCUAACGCCAUCAACAAAGGUGAGAGACCUCCAGUACCAACAGACUGCUCUCCCAUUUAUACUGCGCUGAUGAAAUUGUGUUGGAGCCACAAUCCAAACGAUCGACCCAACUUUGUUCAUAUCGUUGCAUCACUUGAAGCACUGCAAGCAGCUCCAGCAUUCUAACUCUACAACAAUAGACGUUUGCUCGACUGCCCAGUACCUUAAGCUGGACUGGGACCGAACUAACUUGCUAUACAGAGCCAAAUUGCUAGAAAAUACCGAUGAGUUACUGCACGGGCAUCGCUGAAUUAGACAUAAUCGCCAUGUGGCUCAUAUAUCUCUACACGUUUUUGCACACGAUUUGCAGUGGUACUGUCACAUUACCGCUCAGGAACGCAA